UUUAACUCCACCUGCAUGGAAGACUUUGACCCAGAUCAUCAGGUUCAGCCGUGUAAAACUAUGUCCCACGAUGUUGACUUUGGCGGAGAAGGAAACAGUGCUAUUGGUGGGUAUGACAUUCACGACACCCCUCCAUCGGAUAACACGAAAUUACGGACAGACCAAUCACAAUCAGGAAAGAGAAGGGCACCCAACGCCAAGGUUGUGGCCGGUGCGUUCAAUGGAUUCCCUAAUUCAGUUAAUGGUUCCAACUUUGAUAAUGGCUUUAUUUUGCCUAAUUCAAAUGGAUACCCAAAAUUUGAAAUUUCUAAUGGGGUUAAACCAAUUGACGUAGAUUUCAGCUCUUUAGGUGCACCGUUUUUACCUUCUCUAGGAUUGGGUAAUUCUAGCGCUUCUACUUCAUUGUUGACCAUGGAGAAAGAGGGAGAUUCUUCUUCUCCUUCUGAUGACAGUGAUUUCUCCGACACUGUUCUCAAGUACAUAAGCCAGGUGCUUUUGGAAGAGGACAUGGACGAGAAGCCCUGUAUGUUUCAUGAUUCAUUGGCUCUUCAAGCUGCGGAGAAAUCUCUUUAUGAAGUUCUUGGUGAGAGCUAUCCUCGUUCCAAUCAGGCCCCUCUUUGUAGUGACCUUAGUGUUGAGAGCCCAGAUGACUGUUCUUUUGGUACUUACAGCGAUCAUAGCACUUUUAGUGGUUCUAGUUACUGUACUAGCAAUUCCAUUGAUUCUCGGUGGAGUGGUGAUUUUUGGGAAAAGAACAACAAACCAUCUUUUUUACAAAUAAGUAUUCCUGAAAACUUUGUUUUUCAGUCUACUGUGAAUUCUGGUUCACAGCCUUCAGGUCGAUUGCAAAAUGAUAAUGUUAAAAAUGGGAAUGCAUUGGUGGGUUCUUCUGUGAGUGAGCUUGCAAUUCCAAAUUGUUUUGGUGAAAGUGAAUUGGCAUUGCACUUCAAGAGAGGGGUAGAGGAAGCUAGUAAGUUCCUACCCAAAGGUAAUCAGCUGACUAUUGAUUUUGAUAGCAAUGCAUGGACUUCAGAGUUGAAGCAGAAGGCUCCAAGGACAGUAGUCAAAGCGGAGAGGGAUGAGGAGUACUCACCACCUAGGUUGACAGGAAAGAAGAAUCAUGAACGAGAAGAUGAAGAUUUAGAAGAGGGCAGGAAUAACAAACAGUCGGCAGUUUUUGGUGAUGAGAGUGAGCUAUCGGACAUGUUUGAUAAGGUGUUGAUUUGUGCUGGGAGAAGAGGGCAGUCUUCCACUUGCGAUGCUGAUAAGAUUUUGCAGAAUGCACCUCGCAAGAUGUUGCAGCAGAAUGAUCAAACAAAUGGAUCUGGUAGUGGGAAGGCUCGCAGCAAGAAACAGGGUAAGAAGAAAGAAGUAGUGGAUUUGAGGACUCUCUUGAUUUUAUGUGCACAAGCUAUCUCGUCUGAUGACAGUGGGACUGCUAAGGAACUGCUGAAGCAAAUUAGGCAGCAUGCUUCACCCUUUGGUGAUGGAUCUCAGAGAUUAGCCCACUGCUUCGCUGAUGCCCUUGAUGCACGCUUGGCUGGCACUGGAACUCAGAUUUAUACCUCUCUGGCUGCUAAUAGAAUAUCAGCUGCUGAAAUGUUGAAAGCUUACCAAGUUUAUAUUUCAGCCUGUCCAUUCAUGAAGAUGGCUAUUAUCUUUGCAAACAUCAAUAUUUUGAAGGUAGCAGAGAAAGCAACAACUCUCCAUAUUAUAGACUUUGGUAUCUUUUAUGGUUUUCAGUGGCCUGCUUUAAUUCAUCACCUUGCAAACAGACCUGGUGGUCCUCCAAAAUUACGCAUUACAGGAAUAGAAUUUCCUCGACGUGGCUUCCGGCCUGCUGAAGGAGUUCAGGAGACUGGGCAUCGCUUGGCAAGGUAUUGUGAGCGUUACCAUGUUCCAUUUGAGUACAAUGCUAUUGCACAGAAAUGGGAGACUAUCCGAACUGAGGACCUCAAGAUUGAUUCCAAUGAAGUUAUUGCUGUGAAUUGUCUGAUUCGGUUUAGGAACCUACUUGAUGAGACAGUAGCGCUGAACAGUCCAAGGGAUACUGUUCUAAACCUCAUUCGGAAGAUAAAUCCAGAUAUUUUUGUUCAUAGCAUUGUUAAUGGGUCCUACAAUGCCCCCUUUUUUGUCACACGGUUCCGGGAGGCACUCUUCCAUUUCUCUGCACUGUUUGACAUGUGUGAGACGAAUGUUCCUCGUGACAACCCUAUGAGGUUGAUGCUUGAGCAAAAGUUUUAUGGGCGGGAAAUUAUGAAUAUUGUAGCAUGCGAAGGCACAGAAAGAGUAGAGAGACCUGAGUCAUACAAGCAGUGGCAGGUUCGUAACAUGAGGGCUGGGUUUAGGCAGCUUCCUUUAGACCCUGAAAUCAUGAAGAAAGUGAGAGAGAAGCUGAAGGCGUGCUACCACAGUGAUUUCAUGGUGGAUGUUGAUGGCCGGUGGAUGUUGCAGGGAUGGAAGGGUCGAAUCAUCUAUGCAUCUUCUGCAUGGAUUUCUGCGUAGGACUCGGAACUGCUAGAAGAGGACAACUAAUGGAAGUCUCUUAAGUUUAAGGCAAGCUUAGUGAGAUCAUUCUUCCAGGAAUUGACAUCAAUCUUCUUGGAUGGGUGUUCUGCAAAAGCCUGGCAGAAUUUACUUCAAUGAAUGAAGGUUAAGGAGAUGUGGUUGCAUUGGUUACCACUUGUGACAUGGAUUAAUUCAUGACCUCAAUUAGCUGGAGUUUCACGAUGACCUGGUAGUGGCUUAAAUUUGUUGCGUCUUUUUCGGUAGUCUUCUACGAACUGAGUUGAAGUAAUACUGUGCACAAUGAUAAUUCCUUCAAUCACACCUUAUGUAAGCGUAGAUUUAUGGAGUCAUAUGCCACAUAGCUCGCAACAUGGGCCUUUGGCAUCUUUGACCUGCUCUUGUACCCUAAUUUAGUUAGUGUGACUUCAUAGAUGAUGUAGUCUCAUUUAUCCACAAUCCAUGGUUUUGGUUCUUACAACAUA